UGAGAAGACCGGGGUGGAGAGAAGAAGAAAGUGAGAAGGGAGAGGAGAGGAGAAGAGGACUUUGCAUCCACAUCGCUGAGUCACCCUGAGAGGAGCAGAGAAAGCGGCAAGCGACAGAUGACAUAAGACGAGGCAAUCUCACAUUUCUGACACGCUCACACAGACGCACGCACACUCUCUCAUUCUACACCAAUACACAUGCUCAUGCAGUGCAUUCAAAGGGACCAGCAAACACUCAUAAACUCACUCUGUCUCUCUCCCUCCCUACCGCACACUCGCUCUUCCCCUCUCUCUCUCUCUCUCUCUCUCUCUCUCUCUCUCUCUCUCUCUCUCUCUCACACACUCCUUUUUUCUCUCUCUCUCUCUCUCUCCCCCCCCCUCUCCCUCUCUUUAACACACACACAGACACACACAGAGCUUCUCUCUUCUCUGAGAAGAGAGCUUGCCAGAACCAGAUCCAGAUGAAAACAAGCGCUUUCAGGAGGACGCCAAGCAGCCAGGGUACACACACUCACAAACAGAAAAACGCACUCGCACUCUGGACUCAAACCCACACCUACUUACGGCUUACAGACAGGCACACGCAUACUCAUAUUUUGUCAAAGCAAGAACAGGAGAGGGGCGGCCAGCUGGAAUACACGGCACAUUUCGUAAAGGGCUGAUCUCCUUUUUUUUCUACACUGCCAAGAACCUUUGGAUAGACCUCCAGACGGAUCACUCCCUGUGACACACGCGCCCCGUGUGACAGACACAGGCUCCGGGCUGGAAUAUCUGAGGGAGCGGAGCCUGAACCGAGACCAGAGUCUUUGUGCUACUUUCUGACUCAAUAUCUCCAUCCUGCCAGUCAAGAACAAGAGAACGGUGAGAGGAUCUGAUUGGUGGAGACGGCGGGAGGCGAAGCGAGAAGAGAGAAACCUCGAAGCGGAUAAAAAAAGGAGUGAGAACUGACAGCUGAGCUGACACAUCUAACCUGCCACCCCUGACCUCUGGCUCUGAGACCCAACCGAGGCUGCCUGGGAUGCCAUGCACAACACACAGCGCUGUAUAGUCUCUCUCUCUCUCUUAAUCUCUCUCUCUCUCAUACACUCCUCUUCUAGUGCUAUGAUGAGGAGAGACCGUCUGCUCCUGGCUGCGACCCUCAGCACCAUAUUCAUUGCUGACCUCUACUUCAUCCUCCUCCCCAAGCUUCGACACAGACAACCCCACCCGGGGGACCCCAGCUGCUUCUGCAGCCCAGGAAACGUCUCCCUCCCUGGGCACGCCGGCAUCAUUGCUCCCUGGCUUUCCAACUGGACUUCCACAUCGCCCCUGGACGAGGAGCCCAGUGAGAGAAGCUCUAAGUUGGGUAGGCUGUUUGCUCACCCCCUGUAUGAGCCCCAGGGCCCGGGGGUGCUGGGGCCAGAGGAGUGGCUGCUUCAGCAGGAGGAGCUGCUGGAGUACUACAGGAGGAAGGUGUCACGCUGGGAACGUCACAUGCAGUUCUACAGAGAGGUGGCAGCAGCCGCCAACUUCACCAUUCUCGAACAAAAGGUGACCUUUGACCCCAAGGCCAGCUGGUUGAAGUUCCACCUGGGCAUCAGUCGCCAUGCCCUGUACCGCCGGCACGACCCCUGGCACAACCCCAGCCGCGACCCCGCGGAUCCUAGCCAUGACCCCACUGUUCCCCGUCUGCUACAGGACAUGCAAGCCCACACCAUCAUCAACGCAGACUACACUCAAGACGAAAAGGCCCUCAAAGGAGCGUGUGACUGUUCCCAAGUGGUCAAGCCAAGUGGUCACCACCUCAAGCUGACCCUGAAGAUGCAGAACUUUGGCAAAGCCAUGUACAAACCCAUGAGGCAGCAGAGGAACCAGGAGACUCCUGAGGAUGUCUUCUACUUUGUCGAUCUCCAGAGACACAACGCAGAGAUUGCAGCCUUCCACCUUGACAGAAUCCUUGACUUCCGGCGUGUUCCGCCGGUGGUGGGCCGGCUGGUGAACUUGACGGGGGAGGUUCUGCUCACCACACACAACGAGGACCUGCGCAACGUGUUCUUCACAUCGCCAGCGAACAACACUUGUUUCUUCGCCAAGUGUCUGUACAUGUGUAAGACAGAGUAUGCUGUGUGUGGGGGUCCGGACCUGCUGGAGGGCUCCAUGUCUGCCUACCUCCCCAGUCUUAGUCUGGCCCCCCGGGUCUCCAUCUCUAACCCCUGGUCACGCUCCUACACCUACACUGGCCAUCAGGAGUGGGAGGUAAACACGUUGUACUGUGAUUCAAUCAAGAAGAUUCCUCCCUACAACUCAGGCAGCAGACUCCUCAACAUCAUAGACAUGGCCAUCUUUGACUUCCUCACAGGUAACAUGGACAGGCAUCACUACGAGAUCUUCACUGGGUUUGGAGACGGAUUUCUUCUCCACCUGGACAACGCCAGGGGGUUUGGGAAGCACUCCCAUGAUGAGAUGACCAUCCUGGCCCCACUGUCUCAGUGCUGCAUUAUAAAGCGUUCCACGGCGCUGCGGCUCCAGCUGCUCUCCCGGGAGCGCUACAGGCUGAGUGACGUCAUGAGAGAGUCCCUGCAGGGAGACCCCGUCAGCCCAGUCCUGACGGAGCCACACCUCCUGGCGUUGGACCGCCGGCUGCAGCACGUCCUCACGGCCGUCCACAGAUGUGUCCGCAGGCUGGGGGAGGGGCCGGUGGUCGUCGAUGACCUCACCGCUGGCUCUUCCUCCACAAACACUUGGGCGAUGGCGCACAGACAGCCAGCCAGACAUGCCACCAAGGGCAGCUAACCUAAGACGCCAGGGAGUUCCAACUACCUGAGAUCCACCACCCGGUGGGGAGACUGAUGUUCCUGAUGAUGGACACAUUGAAGGGUGUGGAGGACACGGAGGAUUCCACCUUGUGAAGACGGUUUACCACAGCGGCAUGUCAAAGAUGGCGGGUGGACAGUGAAGAAAUGAAAAGGAAGAAAAGCAGGAGGCAGACUAAAGAGAAUGAGAUGCUGUGUUGGACCAUCUUCAGAAGCUUUGAAGGGGGACUGUCCUAAAGAACCUCUGAAAUAUGUUUGACAUAAAUGAUGUUUUACACAUUCUAUAAAGGUGUGGUUUGUGUGAUCAUGAAUGAAUAGUCAAGAGCCAGCUUUACUCUACUGACUAUGAACAUGAAAAGUGCCUGGGGUGUGCCCGUCGCCUACACCGUAUGAGAGGACGAGGCCUUACCGCCUGUUUCUCCCAUUAAUCAGCCGCGCACUGAGCCUCUGUUUCUGCCUGGCAGCAGGCAGGCGUCUUUAGGCCUAAGCCUUCAAAGCUGGGUUUCAUAACACAAUUCUCUCAGACGUCACGUAACUACUGCACACUCUGGGUGCAGAAUAUCAUGCACACAUUACCCCAAGGCUUUGUUUGAACUUGUCUGAAACCAUGGUUUUGUCUUCAAACAAUGUUCUUUUGUAUUUCAGAGCA